UUUUCUCAUUAUAACGAGAAACUAUCACGUUAUAACGAGAAAACAUCAUAUCUUGUUAUAACGUGAUAGACCACUGGCCAUUUUUUUUCAAGAACAAGCACAUCAGAUUUUUGCAACAAAAAAGGGCCCAAUUCCUAUCACACCUCUUUCACAUAUGAGAGGUAAAUAACAUAAACAGUGGUAUAUGAUGGAGGGGCCCCAUUAAGAUAUAUCACACAACACAACUAGUGUUGGCUUCAUUAGGCCUCAUUAAAGUAUCAGGAUGAAUACUGUAGUAGCUAAACCCAUUGUGCCCCUGGUAGGCCUUUCCAGUAGUAACCUAUCCUUGUGUACAUAAGACCUUCUCUGGUACAAACACUGACCAGGACCAGUUGUCCCCAUGGAGACCAAAACCUCGUCCCAAUGAGGCCAAACCUAAUUUCUGAGUUAUGGAUUAGAAGUAGAUGUGAUAUGUAAAUUUUGGUUGGAUUAAUGUGAGAGAAAAGGUUUUGUUGAGGCUGUUUAGUCCUCACAACAGCACAUGCCUCUUUCUGGUAGGUGAGAUCCGCUCACUAAUUAUUAAUAGGAACCUUAUCUGCCUCUUAUGAGAUAAUGAAUGGUCCAUCUCCAUGGCGACACCACCACCAGCUCCACCACCAAGUCUGCAAACACACAACGCUCCUCCUGUUGGGUUCGACUGUGAAGGAGUAAGUGUGUUCAGGAUGCACAGGUCUUACCAGCCAUUAAAGCCCGUCACCAACCGGUACCUGCAGCAGCGAUGGGACCAGAACAACUAUGAAAACCACCGCAGGAAGGUGAGCUUCGCCCUCCCCACGGUGGACAACCGGGGCACGAGGACACCGGCUCACGUUCAGCUCAAACGGAAGAAACUGCAGCUGCAGAACGAGCGACUGUCGACCAUCGACAGAGAUAAUCGCCUCCUCGCCUCCAGACUGACCAGCAUCGUCUCCUCGAAAGGUUUGGUGGAUCAACACAACCAGUACCACCUGAGGAGUCUCAACAUUGACAAGAGGAGGGAGGAGCUUCUGCUGAUCAGCCGCCAGAAUCAGGCAAUCUACCAGCGGCUCACGUCCCGCCAAUCAGAGUAUCGCCGCCAGCUGUGGUUGGACGACUGGGAGAGGGCGGAGCGUCUGCGGGACAACAUUGCCCAAUACCCCCGAGGGCUCGCAGACAAACAGAGGUCAAACAGGAAGGUCAAGUUUGCAGCUGUGCGGGACAGCGAGUGGUCGGCGAGCAGCAGCAAGGCCGACACUGAGGAGAGCAACUGAGGCCACGAUGUAUGACAGAGAGCCGUCAUUCUGAAACACGUCUGUCAAUCAAAGUCUUCAUGUUUUAAAGUACAGAUAUGGAAGUUCCUCUCUGCCACAUGGAAAAGAAGAAAACACGUCAUAAUGAUAAUGAGAUACUACGUCAUCAUUCAUCUUCCAUGUCCUGUAAUUCAUGUUUUUGAUUCACAUGAAUCUAAUAAAAUCAGAAAUGUUA